GUGUGGCAUAAAUAAAUAUUUAUAUAUGUUUUAUAAGUUUUCCUUAUAUGUGAUUAUUUUAAACUUCUGAUCCCAUUUUCGUCCGUGUGCACUUCAGAAAUUCAUCGCGUUAACCAGAAACUAUUAUUUUGCAUUAAACACAGCUUUUUUCAUUCUGAGCACAAUGAAAGAUAUUUUACGGCUGUUUCUUUAAACCAGGACGAGUGAAAUUUCAGAUUCUGUUUGAAUUUGCUUUCCAAAACAGCUUCAUUAAGUGAGGCCAAUUCAGGAGAUUGAUGUCAGAUUUAAGCUGGAAUUCAAGCAUUUAAUGUGAAGAGGUGUUUCGUGGGGUUCGAUCGAUGAAGUGCAACGCGUGCUGGCGAGAGAUCGAGGGACGGGCGAUAGCAACUGCUUGCGGCCAUAUCUUGUGUACAGAAGACGCUGGGAGAAUCUUAAGCACCGACUCAUCAUGUCCUAUUUGCGACCAAAUUUUGUCCAAAAACCUUAUGAAGUCGGUUGAUAUUAACCCUAGCGAUGAAUGGAUGAAUAUGGCCAUGGCGGGCGUUCCGCCUCAGAACAUCAUGAAGAGCGCCUACAAAGGUGUAGCUUUUUGGUUAGGACAAAAAGAUGUCGAAAUGCAAGCCACGGUAAGCAAAGUUUUACAGCAGUACCGAGGUAAAUGCGAAGAAAUGCAGACUAAAUUUACAGAAAAGCUCGAGCAAGUUCACACUGCGUAUCAGAAGGCCGUUAAAAAGAUUCAUCUCAUGCAACAAGAAGUCGAAUCCUUGUCUAAGGACAAAGAGGAACUUCAAGAGAAGUAUGCGGAAAAAUCAAGGCAGAAACGAAAGCUGGAGGAGAUGUAUGACGCACUAAGAAACGAAUACGAGCAAACAAAGCGCUCGGCCAUACAACCUAGAAAUAAUUUUCUACAAAGAACAGCACAAGAUGAUUUGUUCUCAAGUCCAGCUAAUUUGUUGGAUGUUAGACCCGCACAACAAGGACAAGAUGAAUUGGAUGGUUCCAAUAUUACUCCUGUAACUCCAGGAAACUCGAACGACUUCUGGAAUCCUCCGCGACAAAGAAGCAAAACUAGCCCUGUAAAUGUCUUCGACAUUGCUGCCGCAGGUCCGUCGGCAAAAAGUGGAGCGGGCGCCGGUGGAAACAGGGCGAUAAAUGCGUCAUCUUUUGGAGCUUCAAAACAUUCAUUGUUCACGCCGGUCGGCAACAAUCCUUCAAAUGCUUUGAGAAAUCUGAUUCUUUCGCCAAUGAAGCGACAGGCUGCUUCUCGCCUUCGUCCCCAAGGAUUCACAUCAUAAUUCUAGAGAGCAAAUAUGUUUUUCCAGCUUCUAUGAAGGCAAUUAUUCUUAAUGGUGGAGAUCCUUAGUGUUGAUGCUUAUAACAAUAUGGAUUGCCUUUGCUGUAUAAAAUUGCUGAGUUUACUGGUUUUGGCAAUGUAAUAAUUUGAAUUUAGUUA